ACCGUAUAUACAAGGUUGGCUUGGAGCCAAACCGUGUCAGCUAGAUCCAACUAUUUUGCUCUCCACCAUCCAAAGUGUCAGUCGUCCCCAAAUCGAGAAAAAUGUCUUCGCGCGACAAGAAGCCCGCAAAACCCUCUGGCAGCAGGCCCGGAGGAAUCCGUACCCUCUCCGAUCUGAACCGUUCCACUGCUCACGACUCCGAUAGUGAUUCCGACGGACCUCAGGAGUACUACACCGGCGGCGAGAAGAGUGAUAUGGAAGUGAAGUUACCGCCAAGAAGUGGAAUGCUUGUCCAAGAUCCAUCCAAGGGUAAAGAUGUUGAUGCAAUCUUUGAUCAAGCCCGACAGCAAGGUGCUGUUCAAGGACCCAUGGAAGAUCAACCAUCUGCAAGCUCUAGAAGCUUUACUGGGACUGGAAGAUUGCUUUCAGGUGAGACUGUACCAACUUCUCCACAGCAGCCUGGAUCAGUUGUGCACAACAUUGUUUUCUGGAGAAAUGGUUUCACUAGCAUCGGGAAAUCAGAGUGCCCUAAAGAGCUGGAACCCUUAGACAGGAAAACCGCUGUACAUGUUAAUCUCAUAAAGAGGAAUGAAAACUACCCAGAACCGGCAAUAAGCCGUGUUCCAUUUCAGGGUGUCGGCAGGACUCUAGGAAGCAGCAGUAGCAGCUCGGCAACUGAUGUGGGUCCCACAGAAGGCCAUGUGGCAAGUGCACCACCACCAUCAUCAUCAUCAUCCCCUUCAAUGGGCCUCGUGGUGGAUGAAUCAAAGCCCUCGACUUCCAUCCAGCUCAGGCUGGCCGAUGGGGCCCGCAUGGUUGUUCAAUUGAACCACCACCACACAAUAGCGGACAUCCGCUCAUUUAUUGAUUCCUCAAGGCCCGGUGGCCCCAGGCCCUAUCAAUUGCAGGCGGUUGGGUUUCCCCCCAAAAUACUGUCCGAUCUCACGCUGACCGUCGAGCAGGCGGGUUUGUUGAAUUCGGUGGUUAUUCAGAAGCUCUAAGCUCAAAUAAUAUAUCUACUUUUUGUAUGAGUGGUGGGAGUUCAUGAGUAUGAACUUUGUUCUGCACGACAGGUUAUUGAUACUCUGGAGAUUCAUUCCCCCCCUGUUUGAAAUUUAUCUGAGUUAAGAUAACAUGUGAAGAUUUUUGGUUUUUUAUUUAGUCUCUCAAACUGUUCAAGAUUGA